AUGAGUCUGAGUGCAGCAGCAGCAGCAGCAGCAGCAGCAGCAGCAGCAGAUGCAGCAGCAGCAGAUGCAGAAGCAGGGGCUGCUGCGCCGGAAAUCGCAGCAGCAAGGGGAAGCGGGCUGCAGCAGCAGCAACAGCAGCAGCAACAGAAGCAGCAACAGCAGCAGCAACAGAGACGCAGAAGCAGCAGCAGCAGACACACAGAAGCAGCAGCAGCAGACACGCAGAAGCAGCAGCAACAGAGAAGCAGAAGCAGCAGCAACAGCAGCAGCAACAGCAGCAGCAACAGCAGCAGCAACAGCAGCAGCACAUCCACUGGCAGCAGCAGCCCAUCCAGCAGCAGCAGCAGCACAUCUGACAGCAGCGCCGUCAGCAGCAGCAGCACAGCCACCAUCUGCAGCAACACAGCCACCAGCAGCAGCACCACAAGCAGCAGCAGCAGCAGCAGCAGCAGCAGCAGCAGCAGCAGCAGCAGCAGCAAACUUACUAGCAGCAUGCAGAAGGCCCCGCAAGGGUCUUUGGUGAACCAGAUCUUUGUCUCCUCCAUUGUGGUGUACGUACACCUCAGAGAGAAGCUACAGGCGCUCUAA